GGGAAGGCGGAGCGGCGGUUUCCGGUGCCUCCCCAGCUGCUCUGGAAGCUCGCUGGGUCGGGCUGCUGGCGAGCGAGCCUCUGUGCUGGUGAUGGCCGCAGCUGUCGCUAUGGAGACAGAUGAUGCUGGAAAUCGACUUCGGUUUCAGUUGGAGUUGGAAUUUGUGCAAUGUUUAGCCAACCCAAAUUACCUGAAUUUUCUUGCCCAAAGAGGUUACUUCAAAGACAAAGCUUUUGUUAAUUAUCUUAAGUACUUGCUUUACUGGAAAGAACCAGAAUAUGCCAAGUAUCUAAAGUACCCUCAGUGUUUACACAUGUUAGAACUGCUCCAGUAUGAACACUUCCGCAAGGAGCUGGUGAAUGCUCAGUGUGCAAAAUUCAUCGAUGAGCAGCAGAUUCUGCACUGGCAGCACUAUUCCCGGAAGCGGAUGCGCCUUCAGCAAGCCCUGGCGGAGCAGCAACAGCAAAAUAACACAUCAGGAAAGUGAAAAGCUGGAUCCAGACCAGGCUCUUAAGACCUGUACAUAUUGCUUUUGUACAACGAAGACAAAGACCCUUCCUGCGUACCUUUAUUGAGGUAGCACCUAGAACCGUUAGUGUGCUAUUUAAUUGAACUGUUUAUUGUUAAUAUUUUAUUUCUGUUAAACCAGAAUUGUUUUGCUUUGA